AUGGACAAGAUUAUGGCGCCAGCACGCAAGAAAGGCGGCGUCUUCGCAUACAUUGACGAAGUGAUAUUUUUCGGCAAAACCUUCGAAGAAUUCAGCAAGGACGGCGUCCAUACUGAUCCUGAAAAGAUAGCGGCCAUCGCCGAGAAACAGCCGCCCAUGACCGAGCGUCAACUUCGCUCGUUCCUUGGACUCGCCAACCAUUAUCGUCAGUUCAUUCUGGGCUACGCCCAGAAAACUUCAAAGAUGUACGAACUCCUGCGAUGGCCACUCGAACGGGACGACGACAAGGGCCCACAUGAAGAGUUGGACCAAGUCACCAACUUCGAGAAUUACAAAUACGAAAUCCCAGCCCGCGUCAUAAAGCACGGCGGACAUACGGGUCAUCAUGUACCGGCGCCCAAACCGGACGAACCGGACCCCGUGGUCCCGCCGUGUCCAGAAAAAGUUACGGACCGCACCGUGCAAGAACUGCGACGGAUGCAACACCGCGAUCCAACUUUGGCCAAGAAAAUUCACGAGUUGGAACAUCAGACCGAAAUGGAUAAACGGUCCAAACUUCCUGAACAUUACCAGAUAAAUAAAGCCGCCAAGCUCAGGUACUACUGGGACCGUAUGAACAGCGACAUACACGACUACAUCAACCGAUGUCAGACGUGCAUCUUCAGCAAAGUACCGCGGCGAGCUACCUACGGAAAGCUGCAGCCGACCGACGCUGUUGCGCCUUGGUACCGCGUCUUCGCCGACUUCAAAGGACCAUUACCGGUGACCGAAACGAAGAAAUACCGGUAUGUCGCCGUAGUGGUUGACCAAAUGACGAAGUUUACCAUAGCCCGGCCGACCAAAACAAAUUCGGCCAAGGAGUUUGAAAAGCUCUCCGUCGAGGAAGUUGUCCUCAAAUAUGGAAUGCCACAUACAGUGCACUCCGAGCGGGGCACGCAUUUUACGGCAAAAUCCUCGCCAAAGUGGCGAAAAUUUUUGGCAUCGAGCAAACGUUCGGAUCUGCCUAUCACCCCGAGGGCCAAGGCCAAGUCAAACGCCAGAUGCAAACGAUCUGUGAUGGAAUUUGAAACGUUGGCGGCGCGAUGA